CUCGCGAGAGUUUCUGCGCGCUCCUCCUCUGCCGCUGUACACUGCGCUUGACGGACGCGGAGAGAUAACCGAAGCGCUCAGCCGGCUCGCGCUCUGCGCAACGCACCGGGUGAUUGACGCGCUCCAGACCAAGACGUGCUAAUAAAUAUAUUCCAUCAUUCUUUUUUAAUAUAAAAAAAGAGUGAAAAUAGAAACAAACAACAACUAUGAUGUCGUUGGAUCUCAACCUGCACGUGUUAACACAGGAGCUGUCGGUGUAUCUAGAAAACCAGGUUCGGGUCGGUGGGUUCCUCGGCUCCGGGGUCGGGCUGGCGCUCGCGCUUGGCUUUGGUGCCGCCUACGCCUGCUACUACUGGACGUCUGUAGCCAAGAAACCAAAGCUUGUAUCUGGAGGAAAGAAGUUUUAUGACUUUCUGAAUGAGAAUUGCCCCGUGGUGACUGAGACGUAUUACCCCACUUUCUGGUGCUGGGAGAGUCGGGUGCAAACUCUCCUCCGGCCAUUUGUCACCGCCAAGCCCGGGGUCUCCUACAGGAAUGAACUCAUCAGAGCGCCAGAUGGAGGUCAGAUAUCUCUGGACUGGUUUGAUAAUGAAGACAGCCCCUCUCACCCAGACUCGUCCACUCGCCCCACAGUCCUGCUCCUGCCCGGUCUGACUGGAACCAGCCGCGAGUCCUACAUUCUACACAUGGUGCAGCAGAGCCGAGAGCUGGGAUACAGAUGCGUCGUGUUCAACAACCGAGGCGUCUCUGGCGAGAAGCUGCUGACUCCUCGGACGUACUGUGCAGCGAACACAGAGGAUCUGGAGAUGGUGAUUAAUCAUGUCAAUAACACUCAUCCAAUCGCCCCCAUCAUGGCUGCUGGAGUCUCUAUGGGAGGGAUGAUGCUGGCGAACUAUCUGGGUCGUAAAGGUAGCGCUACGUGUCUGAAGGGUGUGGUGGUCUUCUCAGCUGGCUGGGACGUAUUCGAGUGCACCGUUUCCCUGGAGAAACCUCUCGAUCGCUUCCUCUUCAACUCCUACCUCACCAGCUGCCUGCAGGCCUCCGUACACCGACACAGGCCUGUUCUCGAAAGGAAUUAUGACAUAGAUCAUGUGAUGAAGGCUAAAACCAUCCGAGAGUUUGAUGAACGUUUCACGUCUAAAAUGUUCGGCUACCCAACUAACGACGAUUAUUACCGAGACGCCAGCCCCAUCCACAAGCUGAAGUCAGUGCAGGUUCCCAUGUUGUGUCUCAACGCAGCUGAUGAUGUUUUCUCGCCUAAUCACGCCAUCCCCAUCGAGGUAGUGAAGCAGAACCCUAAUCUGGCUCUCCUCAUCACAUGCCAUGGCGGCCAUAUUGGAUUUUUGGAGGGCUUCUGGCCACGUCACAGCACCUACAUGGACCGAGUUUUUCGGCAGUUCAUCAAGGCUGUGGUUGAAAACGGCAGUGCGCUAACCGACCUAGCAAGCUAACACAGUGAUGAACCACUCACCUACAGCACCCCCUACACCCAGGAGCAAAAAACAACAACAACAACAACAACUCAACAGCUACAUUUUCUGAUCGAGACGUUCGGUUGUUUAUCUGAUCAUAACAUCGCUUGUGGAUUCAGAUCGUUCAGCCUGUUCAUCCCUUUCUUUCAGUCUUUACUUAUCUCUCAGUUUAGAUCUGUAGAUACGUGUGUGUGUGUGUGUGUGUGUGAGAGAGAGAGAGAGAGAGAGAGAGAGAGAGAGAGAGAGAGAGAGAGAGAGAGUGAGAGAGAGGGAGCGAGAGAGAGA